UGUUUCUCAUUGGUAUUUUUCACAGUUUCUAUCUCGAUCUGUGUGUUUAUUAUUUUUGAUCACACGAAAAAAUACCGAAAAUAAUCCGUCAAGAUGUCCAUGUUGAGAACGACUUUGAAUUCAAUUGCUCGAGUACCAGAAUCAAAACAUUUCAUUCAAUCAUCGAGAACAUUUUGGUUUGGACGAGAUAAGGUUCGUUUUCCAAAAGAUGAUGAUCAUGCUACUGGUGAAGAACGUUUAGUUCGUAUGGCCAUUGCUAGAGGCAACAAAGAUCCAUUCGAUCUUCAAGAACAAGUUCGUGGACCAGGAACUAAAGAUAAUCCAAACAUAGUAAAAACAUUUUCCGGUACACGAAUGGUUGGCUGUAAAUGUGAAGAAGAUUCUUCUGCAAUCAAAUAUAUGUGGCUACAUUUAAAUGAACCAAAACGAUGUGAAUGUGGAUUCUGGUUCAAAGCGGUACCAGCUGAGAAAUUUUGGGAGCAAAAAUGAAAAAAAAAUGUUUUUAUUGCUAACACAAACAAGUGAAGUAGCCUCGAACUAUUUGUAAACAGAAAAAAAAUCUAUAACUUUUAGUC